AUGCUGGACCUGCUUCGGGAGCAGGGAUCCCCUGAGGCGCUGUCCCCUCUGCGACGACAUCGGAGACAGCCCCGGAGCCUUGUCGACUGCCCCGUCUGCAAACACCAGUGUCACCUGAAGGACGUCGUGGAGAACUACUUUCUGAGGGACAGCGGGGCCGAGACAGCUGCCACCAGCCAGGGAUCAAGUCAGUGCUGCACCAGCUGCGAGGACAACGCGCCGGCCACCAGCUACUGCGUGGAGUGCUCGGAGCCGCUCUGCGAGACCUGCGUGGAAGCCCACCAGCGGGUCAAGUACACCAAGGACCACACAGUCCGGGCCGCAGGCAGCGGCAAGGCGAAGGAGAAGGAGCGCACCGUGUACUGCUCCAUACACAAGCACGAGCCGCUGGUGCUCUUCUGCGACACGUGCGACACGCUCACCUGCCGCGACUGCCAGCUCAACGCGCACAAGGACCACCAAUAUCUAUUUCUGGAGGACGCGGUGAGGAACCAGCGCAAGAUGCUGGCGACGCUGGUGAAGCGCCUGGGUGACAAACACGCCAGCCUGCAGCGCUCCACCAAGGAAGUGCGCAGCUUCAUCCGCCAGGUGACGGACGUGCAGAAGCGGGUGCAGGUGGACGUGAAGAUGGCCAUCCUCCAGAUCAUGAAGGAGCUCAACAAGCGCGGCAAGGUGCUGGUGAGCGACGCUCAGAGGGUGACGGAGGGGCAGCAGGAGAAGCUGGAGCGGCAGCACUGGGCCAUGACCAAGCUGCAGCGGCACCAGGAGCACAUCCUCCGCUUCGCCUCCUGGGCCCUGGAGAGCGACAACAGCACCGCUCUGCUGCUCUCCAAGAAGCUGGGCCCCCUGCAAGCCACGGUGGUGAGCAAAGGGCAAUACGCCCCCGGCCCCCUCCUGCAGCCCCCAGUGGGACCCCAAACGGGGGCUGAGGAGGGGCAGGGGACCCCCAGUGCCCCGCAGAGCGGUGACGGGGGGCUGGGGAUGCCCACCCUGCUUCAGUGUCCCCUGGGGGAUGAGGGACUGGGCUGUCCCAACCUGUCCCCUCCUCGCCUUUACCCGCAGACGGCCGAGAGCCCCGGGGCCGCGGGCGCUGAGCUCGAGGUGGCCGCAGUCCCCCAUCUCCCCCGUCGCUCCAUACCCAGGCACGGAGGACAGUGCCACCGUGUCCCCGUCAUCGUCCCUGGGCGGCUGGCCCUGGAUCUGUCGGGGGCGGCGCAGCCCCCCGUCUUCCGCGUCUUCCCGGGCACCUCGGCCGAGGACUUCAGCCUCAUCGUCAUCGAGCGGGGGGCGCAGCCGCAGCCCCCCGUCCCCCUCACCAUCAAGGAGGAGCAGCAGGAGGCGGCCAUCGGGGACGCCCAGGACACCAAACCGGUGGGGUUGCUCCCCGAGCCCCCCGGGGUGCCGGGACCCCCUGGAUCCUCCUUGGGGCUGGGAUCUGCCCCUGCCGGCCCCAGGGUCUCCUGUUGCCGCGUCUGCUGCCGGGCCGGCGCCGUGGUGAUGUGCGACCGUUGCGAGCACUGCUACCACCUCGACUGUCACCUCCCCGCCCUCCAGGAGGUCCCCAGGUAUGCCUGGGAUCCACUGGGCAGCCUGGGAUCCGCUGCCCCUGGUCACCUCCCCCUGCGUCCCUGGGAUCCGCUGAUCUCCCGUCCCUGA